AUGAAGGAUCAAUAGCGAUAAUAAAGAAGUAUCAAAUCGAGAUUAUUAUCAAGAUUUCCAAAUAAAAUCAAUAGAAUUAUUAUUUAUUAUAUUCUAUUGAUUAUUGAAUAUAAACAAAUAUUAAUAUAAAUAAAUAAAUCUCUUUAUUAAAGAACAAAUCAUUGAAUUACUAUUGUUAGAACUCAAUGAUAUUAUAGAAAUCGAGUAAUUAAUUAUAGAAGUUAAAUUAGAAAAUCAAUAAAUCAAUGUUUUGGUUGAUUUCGGAGUUAUAAAUAUAUUUAUAAAUCUCAACUUUACAAAAAAGAAUAAAAUUCUUAUAGAAUUAAAACAGAAUCCUUAUCAAUUGAUAUUGUUAAAAGGAAAGAAAACUGGAAUUGAUAAUUGGAUAUAUAAAGAAAUCAAUAUUAUCAAAAUGAUUAUAUUAGAUAAAUAUAUUAAACAAAUCAAAAUAGAUUUAGUGUUAUUAGACAGAUAUAUAAUUGUUCUCGGUAUUUUAUAAAUUAAGAAAUAUAAUCCAAAUAUCGAUUAAAUAAAAGAUAUUUUAAUAUUCGAUUACUAUAAUUGUAAUAACGAAUGAUUAUAUAGUCCGAAGGAAUAGAUUUCCAGAGAGAUUAGAUAUUAUACUAUAAUAACAACAGAUCCUUUAUUGAUUAAUAGAAUUAAUGAAAAAGAAAUUCCAGUGUAGUAUAAAAGAUUCAUCAAGCUUUUCGAAGAUCUAUAAGAUUUGAAGGCCUUAUCAGAAUAUAAGUUUUGGGAUUAUAAGAUCAAUUUCAAAAAGGGAUUCGUAUUUUUUAUCAAAAAGUU